AUGUUUCCAACUCCAGAUCUUUCUCAUUUGAAACGGAGUGAUUAUUCUAAAAUCUAUGAACCUGAUUCCGAUUCAUUUUUAUUCUUAGAUGCAUUAGAAUGUGAACUAAAUAUCAUUCGUUCAUUAGAUCCAUUGAUUAUUGUUGAAUUUGGUUGUGGUAGCGGGAUUAUAAGCACAUUUUUGUCAAAACAUAUUCUUUCAUCUCAUUGCUCUUUAUUUUAUUUAACGGAUAUUAAUCCACACGCUUGCUCAUCUACUCAGAAAACUUAUCAACAAAAUAAUGUUAUUCAACAAUUUCAAAUAACUAAUUGUGAUUUAGCAACGCCAUUUCUUCAGCGUUUGGCAAACGGUGUUGAUUUAAUUUUGUUCAAUCCGCCAUAUGUUCCAACUGACGAAGUAGUCAAUAGUGGAGAUAAUUUAAUUGAUGCAGCAUAUUCAGGUGGUAAGCAAGGCAUCGAAGUUAUUCAGAGAGCUAUUGAACAAGCAUCCAUAUUAUUAACAGAAAAUGGAUUAUUUUAUAUGAUCGCGUUAGAAUUAAAUUCGGUUGAAACACUGACGUUAAUAGCUAAAAAAUUUAAUUUAACUAUGGAGAUUGUACUUAAACGACGAACACUUAUAGAAAGUUUAAUUGUUGUCAAGUUUAAACGAAAACUAAAUUCUGCUCAGGAAUAA